CGAUCGAUCGAGCUGCUGAUGCAUUCAACUGCACACGCAAAUCUACUCCAUCUCUGAUACACCAGGUCAGCCAGUUUACUGGACGUCUGCAAUUUGGCGACCCUCGCAAGCAAGCAAGCGAUUCGCGCUGACCCGCGAUAUUUACAUUCCCGUUAAGUGUCCUCCCCCAUCCAUCUCACAUGUAUUGUUCCAUGUCUUUUUAUUGUUUAUUCUCCUCUCAUCCAAUCGGGAUUGUUCUUCCAAUUUCUAAUCUUUAUAGGUUGAUCAACACAUCAAGAUUGGAGGAUGUAUAAAUAAUACAUGUAGACAUGCGAGAUAUUCGAGCAUCCGUACGUACGCCAAGUCUAGCCAGUAGCAUUUGCAAUUAGGAAUUGUUGUCCGGAGGAAGAAGAAGAAGGAGCCUAGGCAUGCCGUCGCUUCAAGCGGCGGCGAUGGGCGGCGGCGAGGGCGAGGCCGCCGGCGGCGGCAGGAAAGGCGGCGGCGCGUCGGGGAAUGAUGAUACGAGUACUAGGACGACGACGACGCUGGUGAGCCUGCUCCGGGCGAGGUCGGAGCGGAGCGCCAGGGAGGAGGAGAUGGUGGAGUGGGUGCGGUCGCAGAUCGUCGGCCGCGACGCCGAGUUCGAGACGCCCUUCGGCCGCCGCGCGCUGCUCUACGCCGACCACACCGCCACCGGCCGCAGCCUCCACUACAUCGAGGAUUACAUCCUCAAGCACGUCCUCCCCUUCUACGGGAACACGCACACGGAGGACAGCUUCGUCGGGAGCCGGACGACGCAGACGGCGGGGAAGGCGGCGCGCUACAUCAAGCGGCGCAUGGGCGCGGGCCCCGGCGACGCGCUGCUCUUCUGCGGGUCGGGCGCCACGGCGGCGGCGCGGCGGCUGCAGGAGGUGCUCGGGGUGGCGCCGUGCCCGCCGGCGCUGCGGCGGGCGCGCGACGCGGGGCUGCUGCUGCGCCCCGAGGAGCGGUGGGUCGUCUUCGUGGGGCCCUACGAGCACCACUCCAACCUGCUGUCGUGGCGCCGGAGCCUCGCCGACGUCGUCGAGGUCCCCGCGGGCGCCGACGGGCUCGUCGACCUCGCCGCGCUCCGGGGCGCGCUGGCGGCGCCCGAGCACGCCGACCGCCCCAUGCUCGGCGCCUUCUCGGCCUGCAGCAACGUCACCGGCGUGCUCACCGACACCCGCGCCGUCGCCCGCAUCCUCCACCAGCACGGCGCCUUCGCGUGCUUCGACUUCGCCGCCAGUGGGCCCUACGUGGACAUCGACAUGAGGUCCGGGGAGAUGGACGGGUACGACGCGGUGUUCCUGAGCCCGCACAAGUUCGUCGGCGGCCCGGGCACGCCGGGGAUCCUGCUCGUGAACCGCGCGCUCUACCGCCUCGCCGGCCACCCGCCCUCCACCUGCGGCGGCGGCACCGUCGCCUACGUCAACGGCUUCAGCGAGGAGGACACCGUGUACUACGACGACAUCGAGGAGCGGGAGGACGCCGGCACGCCGGCGAUCGUGCAGAAGGUGCGCGCGGCGCUGGCGUUCUGGGUGAAGGAGCACGUCGGCCGCGGCGGCGCCGUCGCGCUGCGGGAGCGCGCCUACGCGGAGGCGGCCAUGGCGCGGCUGCGGGCCAACCCCAACGUGGAGGUGCUCGGCAGCGUCACGGCGCGGCGCCUGCCCAUCUUCUCCUUCCUCGUCUACCCGCCGGGCGGCUGCGGCGGCGGGCGGCGCCGCCUGCCCCUGCACGGGCGGUUCGUGGCCAGGCUCCUGAACGACCUCUUCGGGAUCCAGGCGCGGGGCGGGUGCGCGUGCGCGGGGCCCUACGGGCACGCGCUGCUCGGCGUCGGCGAGGAGCUCUCGCUCCGCCUCCGCGCCGCCGUCGUGCGGGGGUUCCACGGCGUGAAGCCCGGGUGGACGCGGGUGAGCCUCGCCUACUACAUGUCCCGGGAGGAGGUCCGGUUCGUGCUCGCCGCCGUCGACUUCGUGGCCGCGCACGGCCACCGCUUCCUCCCGCUCUACGGCUUCGACUGGGCCACGGGGGACUGGGCGUUCCGGCGCCGGACGUUCAAGCACCACGCCAUGAGGGAGUUGCUGCUGCGCGAGCGCCAUCACGAGAAGAAGAAGAAGAAGAGCGCCGGCGCCGGCGCCGGCGGUGGGGACGACGAGCACGGCCUCGGCGACAGGUUCGAGAGGUACCUGGAGAUCGCCACCAGGAUCGCGCUGUCGCUGCCGGACACGUACGACGAGCUGGUGUCGAGCGUGCCCAAGGGAAUAGACCCCGACAUCAUACUCUUCCGAGUGUGAUUAUAUUCUUCAUUUCUUCGUCGGUGUCACAACAGAUCUCUUCGGUCGACUUAAUUGGUGCUCUAAUAAUUGAUGAUCCGAAGUUUCUUACAACACGGGGAAGAAGCGCAAGUAGAAUCUGUGUUGCCAUACAGAACUUGCGACAAGUAUCUGUGAGAUGGGUAGUAGAGACUAAAAUUAGGAGUACAAAGAUAAAUAGCAGAGUACUGAUGGCAAUGUACUUCAUUGAGUUUCCUCAAAGAAACAGUG